AUUUAAUGUAAAAAGGAAUUUUCCACUCACAUCCGCGCCUAUAAAAAGGGUUCCUCCCGCCCAACCAACACCAUCAAGCUUUCUUCGGUGGCUCAUUUCUUACUUGCGAUCGUCCGUUUGUCGCUGAGUCUUUGACGAACGACGAGAGCUUGAAUUUUUCAAAGAAAGAAAAAGAGAUCGAUCAAUCAUCAAAAAAAAAAAUGGGCGCAGCUCACUCUGGAAUGUAUGGUGUGGUCUCUGCCACUCCCAGCAAUGGUCCGUCUGAGGCGUCUCGCAUUGUCGCAUUCCACUCCACCGCCCGAUGGAGAGCUCACUUCGACUCCUGCAAAAAUUCCACUAAGCUGAUGGUGAUCUAUUUCACGGCGUCGUGGUGCGGGCCUUGUCGAUCCAUGGAGCCAGCACUCAACAGUUUCGCUGCCAAAUACACAGACGUGGAGUUUGUCAAGAUCGAUGCGGAUGAAUUGAUGGAGGUAUCAGCAGAAUUUGGGGUGCAGACGAUGCCAACUUUCAUACUGAUAAAACAAGGGAAAGAAGUUGACAAGGUUGUGGGUGCCAAGAAAGAUGAACUGGAGAAGAAGAUCCUCAAACAAAGGGCCCAAGCCCAUGUUCAAGCCUACUAAAACCCAUCCUAUCUCACGUGCCUAGCCCAUCAAUCAAUACCGUAUCACCCAAAUAAACAAGAGGUCGGCUGACUUAAACAAAGGGCCCAUGCCCAUGUUACGUGAUGAGCUGCCUAGAGGCUAGAGAUUUGCUUGUAAUUUGUUUCUUUGAUGCUUGUCUAACGUGACCAGCCCAUCAAUACCAAUGUUUAAGCCUAAAUAAUUAAGAGGUACAGUCAGUCUAUCUGUCUUCGGGUUCGGUGUGUUUCGUUUUCUUGAGUUUAUCGCUGUUACGUUUUUUUUUUUUUUAUAAAAUACGGAAGUGUUUUUGGUUAUAUAUAUAUCCCUUUCAAAAUGCAAGGAGAUUCAGUUCCUCCGCAUUUAGGGCCUUAUUUGGUAACGUUUCGUGAGAAUGUUUCUAUGGUUUUCGAUGUUUUUUCA